AUGGCGUGGGACCACUUGUCCAUCACCAAGCCGCACUUGGUCUAUAUCAUCCUGGGUGGAUUUACCACCCUGUUCAUGCUAUGCUCCUCCGUCAUCAAGGAGCGCAUGUACAUUGGCGAGGCCACGGUAGCGACGAUAUGCGGCCUCAUCUUCGGCCCCCAUGCCGCCGACCUCAUCAACCCCCAGUCGUGGGGCAGCGUCGACAUUGUCACCGUUGAGUUCUCCAGGAUCGUUCUCGUCGUGCAAUGUUUCGCCGUCGGUGUGGAACUGCCCAAGUUCUACAUGGAGCGUCACUGGAAGUCUGUAGUGUUCCUAUUGGUUCCCGUCAUGACCUUUGGCUGGCUCAUCACAAGCCUGUUCAUCUGGUGGAUGAUCCCCCCACUGAACUGGCUGGAGAGUCUUGUUGUCGCUGCUUGCGUGACGGCCACUGACCCUGUCUUGGCCUCGUCCGUUGUGGGUAAGGGCAAGUUCGCCAAGCGAGUGCCCAAGCAUUUGCGAGACCUGCUCUCCGCCGAGUCGGGCUGCAACGACGGCAUGGCCUUCCCCUUUAUCUACCUAUCCCUGUACCUGAUCCAGGAUCGCCAGAGCGCCAAGGACGUCUCUUUCCACUGGAUCGUUUACACCAUCCUUUAUGAGUGUGUUUUCGGCGCAAUCUUUGGGUUUCUGAUCGGAUACAUCGCUCGCCAUGGCAUCAAGUUUGCCGAAAAGCACGACUUGAUCGAUCGGGAGAGUUUCCUCGUCUUCUAUUUUGUCCUGGCUCUCUUCUGCGCCGGCUCAGGUAGUAUUCUGGGUGUAGAUGACUUGCUGGUCGGCUUUGCAGCCGGGGUCGGUUUCUCAAACGAUGGCUGGUUCGGCAACAAGACAGAGGAGUCUCACGUCUCCAACGUUAUCGAUCUCCUGCUCAACUUGACGUACUUUGUCUACCUGGGCACCAUCGUUCCGUGGGAGAUGUUCAACGACGAGGCGAUUGGCCUGACAGCUUGGCGCCUGACCGUCAUAGCAAUCCUGGUCAUUUUCUUCCGACGCAUUCCUAUCAUGAUGGCUUUGAAACCGUUCAUCCCGGACGUCAAAACCUGGCGUGAAGCUUUGUUUGCUGGUCACUUUGGACCGAUUGGCGUCGGAGCCAUCUUCGUCGCUAUCCUGGCUCGAGCCGAGCUGGAGGCAGACACUCCAGUCCCUCUGGCCCAACUUCCACCGCCAGAUCACGAGCAUUACGUCCUACUGACUUUGGUGUGGCCGAUUGUCACGUUCUUGGUCAUAUCCUCGAUUCUCGUCCAUGGUUCCUCCAUUGCUGUGUUCACGCUGGGCAAGCACAUCAACACAUUGACCAUCACCAUGUCAUACACCACAGCGCCGGAGGAUGGACCCUCAUGGAUGAAUCGCCUUCCCCGCAUCUCGUCCCAGUCCAGAUCCCAGGCUCGGACAAUGUCAGACACGGACAUGGAUGAGCUCAAGCUACCCGACUUUCCUCCCGGCACCCUCCCACCCGUCGGGUUCCCAGGCCACUUCCUGCGGCGUGUCAAGGAAGAGGACAAGGAUAAUCCGAGCAGGGCGGGCAGCCGUGCCUCGUCCAUCGUCAGCCGUCGGCGAAAGAAGAAGUGGGAUGACGGAAUCGGCCCUGGUGGACCGAUCAGCCAAUCCGCCAUCUUCCCCCAGCGUCGGAGCCAGAGCGAACGGACCUCUGCCACCCUUCAGGGCGACUCGCCGGGCCACUCACCGCCUGACAGGCAAGAUACUGGCACGACACUGGAAGCCCUAUCUCGAAGAGAUUCGAUGCGAGACGCGGACAAAGAGGAAGGAGGCAAUGGCGAGGAGCGAGGAGAGCGUCAUAGUCGAGAUGAGGUGGCCUCUCCAGGCCAGGUUCCAGCAAUGGAGGUUUACGACGAGGGUGACCAUAUCGUCGUCGAAAACGAGCAAGGAGAUGUCAUUGCUGUCGAGGAGACCCCCAAAGAGCAACACCCCGAGAAGGAUGUUGAAGCCCUCAAGGAGAAGCUCACCAAUGAACUCAAGGCCGAAGCUUCCUCAUCUGCCUGGACGUACGACAACAUCAAGAAGAAGAUUGGCCACUGGAAGAAUGAGGAGGUCCAGAAACGCAGGGAGAAACAGAUGGACACCCGAAAGCACGAACCGGCCCGUGCCUACCAGUUCGGCAACACGAUUAUCGUUGAAGACGAGGAUGGCGAGGUUGUCAAGAAGUACGAACUGCCCACGCAAAGGCCUGAGAAGGAGGGUCCAGAUUUGAUGUCCCAAGGACUCAAGUAUAUGGGCAUGGGCGGCCUGAUCAAGGCGAGCGACAAGACUGCCGAUGGUGGCGGAGAGGGCUCCAAGGCUGCUGGUAAGGCCAGCAUGCCGAGCUGGAUGGCCUUCGGCCGCCAGCAAGCAGGAGAGCCCUCGGAGCGGCAGCGGAAGAAGAGCGUCGCCGAAGAGAAGGCGGAACAAGACGACCGUCACAUCAGAUUCACUAUCGGCGGUGUUGGUCAGCGUAUGAACAAAAACGACUUCAUCAAUGAGAUGAAGAAACUCGACAAUAAGACCCGCCGCGAGGUAGUCGACCACUCUACCGCCUCGAACCGGGUCAAGACAUUGGCCAAGCAGGAUCCUGUCCCGACGUUCCAGAUCACCCAGCACUCGUCGCCCAGAGGUGAGGCUUCGCCAGCGGCGAGCAGCAGCAGUCCAGCUCCCGCCGCGUCUCGUGGAAAGGCCCCGGAAGCUCCUCGGGGCAGGCCGAGAAGCGCCACCAGCUCCAGUAUGUCGAGCUCUGUCUCUUCCGAGAUAUCGCCUGGGCCCACGCGUGGCCGUCAAGGAGCACCCACUUCCGAGGCGGUUGCGCCGUCGUCGUCGAGCAAGGAGGAGCCGGAGACGGCUGUCGAGCGACGACGCCGCUUGGCGGUCCUGCAGAGUGUCGGCGACGAGCAGGGUGACGAUGACACAAACGAGACUCCUGCCGAGCGACGCCGGCGUGAAGCUGCCCUGGGUAUGGCCAGCCCCACGGCUGAUUCGGAUAGCGAGGACGACGACACGCCCAGAGUGCCGCCUGCUCGCCGAGGGAUCAGGUUUGCCGACGACGCAAGCCCUCGAAACCCGUAA